AUGGACCCGAAUAUCGAUCUUGUCACCAAGCUGGUGAUGGCCGAUCCAGGUCUACCAAGACCCAAUCCCACCCAAUCCUAUUGGCAGCAUGUUCCUCACGCACUGGCAAAUACACAAUCCACCACUUUACCUGCCAAAAGGGACCAUGUGAUAAUAGGAUCAGGGAUUUCCGGACUAUCGGUCGCUAAAAACCUCUUGGAGAGACAUCCAUCCGCAAAAAUAACGAUACUAGAAGCUAGAACUCUUUGCUCUGGCGCAACAGGGCGCAAUGGUGGCCAGAUGGCUGCUAAUGUGGGCGAGGAAUACUCGCAUCUGGCUGAUGCACACGGCUCCGAGAUGGCUGGCAAGAUUGUAGCGUUUACGUUCCGGAACCUGGAAAAAAUGCAAGAUUUGAUUCGAGAAUAUGAUGCGGUUGAAGCGAGCGAGAUGCAGCAAUUACAGAAAUUACGGGCCUUUUUAACAGAGGAUACCUUUCGGGAUUUCAAGAAGAGUAUUGUGCGUUUACUAUCGGAUCAUCCCUCAUGGGAAGGCCUGUAUAGAAUUAUUGAGAAAGAUACUUUGAUCAAGGACCACGGAAUUCACGGAGCUGCCGGAGGAGCUCUGCUUCCUGCAGCAACCGUUUGGCCAUAUCGCCUCGUCACAAAAGUCUUUGCUGCCUUGAUGGACAAAUAUCCCGAUCGACUGACCAUCGAGGCAAACACACCUGUCAUGGCCGUCGAGAAUGAGUCCAAUUCCGCCACACCGAUAACAUCUGCAUUUCCGUAUACCAUUAGGACAACCCGUGGAUCCAUUCGAGCCAGCAAUGUAAUAUAUUGCACCAAUGGGUACAGCGGGCACCUUUUGCCCAAUCUACGAGGACGAGUGCACCCGUUCAAAGGUACUAUGACGGUCCAAGACCCCGGCAACACGAUAGAGAACCGAGGAAAGUCCACAUCGUGGGGAUUCCACUAUCCAAUUACCUAUGACCCCGAGACGAAAGAAUCCGGUCACGGAUUAUAUUAUUUGGGACAAAGUGUCAAGACAGGCUAUUUCUAUCUCGGAGGCGAAAAUGCUCGUGCAGAACAUGUCCUCUCGGCGGACGAUAGCUUCGUGGAUAAGAAGUCCGUAACCCAUCUUCAGACUGUUCUACCACAGUUCUUUGGGAAGAGCAUCCCCUGCAAAGUCGUCAGUUCAUGGAGUGGAAUCAUGGGCUUUUCGUCUGAUGGGUUGCCUUUAGUGGGCCAGCUGCCAAAGUCACUGACAGGGCGCUCUGGGGAGGGAGAAUGGAUCGCCGCAGCUUUCAAUGGUUAUGGUAUGGCCAAUUGUCUAAUGUGUGGCGAGGAAUUGGUUUCUGCAAUGCUUGGAGAUCGUAAGAGUGACUGGCUUCCUGGCGCAUAUGGACUUGGCGAAGAGAGGCUGCGAGAUGUUCUGAUUGCGCCUGAAUCCAUCAAGGCCUUAACCUCGAAGCUGUAG